UGCAUGUCGAGCGCCAGAACAUCAUUCCUCAUGCCGAGCAUCAGAGUGGAAUGCGCUCUCAUUUCAGUCAUGUAGAGCCCUUAUCUGGAAACGAAGAAAUGUGCAGGAGCCUUUGGCACCCAUAUGCCCCAUUUGCAUUUUAGCUUUGGCAUUAGAAGCAUAAUCAUACCCGCCACUUCAGUUGAUUUGUAAGAGCAGGUGAAGGUGGCCAAAUCAUCCACACACCUCUUUAUCCAGUAGUUCACCAGAAAACUAUGGUCAUGGCCGCCCAGGACCAAAAGCCGUCGCAGCGGGCUCCGGUUCGCGUGGGAUUUUAUGAUAUUGAGCGCACGCUGGGAAAAGGCAAUUUUGCAGUUGUGAAGCUGGCGAGACAUCGCAUCACAAAAUCUGAGGUGGCCAUUAAGAUUAUAGACAAGACCCAGCUAGAUGCAGUGAACCUAGAGAAGAUCUACAGGGAAGUGGAAAUCAUGAAGCUGCUGGACCAUCCUCACAUCAUCAAGCUGUACCAGGUCAUGGAGACCAAAAACAUGCUCUAUCUAGUCACAGAAUAUGCCAGAAAUGGAGAGAUAUUUGACUACCUGGCCAGCCGCGGGCGGCUCAGCGAGAUGGAUGCGAGGAGGAAGUUCUGGCAGAUCCUUUCAGCGGUGGAGUACUGCCACGAACGCAAUAUUGUUCACAGAGACCUGAAGGCUGAGAACUUGUUACUGGACGCUCACAUGAAUAUGAAGAUAGCAGAUUUUGGCUUUGGAAACUUCUUCCGUCCUGGGGAACCUCUGACCACUUGGUGUGGAAGCCCUCCAUAUGCGGCUCCAGAGGUGUUUGAGGGGCAACAGUAUGAGGGUCCACAACUGGACAUCUGGAGUAUGGGGGUGGUAUUGUACGUGUUAGUGUGUGGCACUCUUCCAUUUGACGGCCCUAGCCUUCCUGUCCUCAGACAGAGGGUCCUGGAGGGUCGUUUCCGCAUCCCCUACUUCAUGAGUGAGGACUGUGAGCACCUGAUCAGGAAGAUGUUGGUUCUAGAUCCAGCCAGGCGUUUGUCCCUGAGUCAGAUCAAAGAACAUCGCUGGAUGGUGCAGGAGGUCCCGUCCCAGCGGCCUGUGCUGUACAGACAGGGUUUGCUCUGCGAGAGCAAAUCAGGCUUGGGUGAGCACAGUGAGCAGGUGCUCCGACUCAUGCACAGCCUAGGCAUCGACCAGCAGAAGACUAUUGAGUCUCUCCAGAACAAAAGCUAUAACCACUUUGCUGCUAUCUACUACCUGCUUGUGGAGCGGUUGAAAGCGCAUCGCAGCAGUUUCCCUGUGGAACAGCGUUUGCACGCCAGCCAGCGCCGCCCUAGCACCGUCGCAGAGCAGACUGUUGUCAAGACCAUGGCGGUUCCCUCCCAAGCGUGCGUCCCUCCGCAGGCAGCACGUCACCUGCGUUCACCUGUUCUGCUGCAGUCCACCACAGACACAUUUACCUUCCCACAAACCCCUGCUUCCCCAGAUCAGACGCUCAUGGAGGAAGACGUGGCCACUCCCAAGGUGGAUGGCUGCUUACUGGACCCACUCCCUCCAGUCGUUGUCCGCAAAGUCAGCGGCUCGCUGCCUAGCAACGUCAUGGAGACGUCCAUUGAUGAGGGCAUUGAGGCAGAGGAGGAGAACGCUGUGCCCCUAGCCGCCUUUCAUACAGCUCGUUUCAGUCAGCGCCGGCAUACACUGUCUGAGGUCACCAACCAACCUGCUGUGCUGCCCAUCACAGGUCUGAACCCGUCGCUCGGCAGCAUGGACUCAGAGUACAGCAUGGGUUCAACACAAAGUGACUUCAGCUUGCCUGAAGAGAAUCCAGCUCUAAAGGACGCAUUAAGCACUACACCUGCCAGCUUCACAGCUCCGGUCUUCCUCGGCAUGAAGCCCCCCGAACCCACCCUGCAGCCGCUCAACACAGAGGGGCGGGACGCUCAUAAUCACUCACUAGUCAGUUUCAGAGAGGGGCGAAGGGCUUCAGACACAUCUCUCACACAAGGUUUAGUGGCAUUCAGACAGCACCUUCAGAACCUGGCAAGGACCAAGGGCUUCCUGGAACUGAACAAAGCCCAGAUAGUGUUAGGAGAUGGUGGAGGCGGCGGUCAGCCCACCAUCAGUCCACAGGACUAUCCAUUCAGCCACCAGGGAGAAGGACGCCAGUGUCUAAGUGGAAAAGAUACGUCAUCAUUCACUGGCAAAAUGCACCCUUAUUUGCUAUCCAGGAGACAGAGUUUGGAGACGCAGUACCUCGCUCAGCGACUGCAGAGGGCCAGUCAGUUGGCAAGUGGUCUUGGAAGUGGGCAGAUGUUUUGUAAAGAGGCUGCACCACGCACUUUAGAGCAACAACUCCAGGAGCACAGACUGCAGCAGAAGAGGCUCUAUCUCCAGAAGCAGUCUCAUGUACAGGCCUACUUCCACCAGAUGCAGCUGGCAGAGGAUGGUUACGCCCCUCCCCUGGACUGCAGAGACCCCCAGAACAGCAGCAGUCCCCUGUCCAGCCCUCCCUUCACACGGACCCAAACCCUAACCCCUUUUCUGGAGCCCGGCAGCUCGUCCCUGACGUACGGCACCAAGUCAGCCCGCUUCCCAGACUGGCCUCCAGCGCCAGACAAUCAAACAAACUACACCCCAUCCCUCCCUACAGAGCCCCUGUAUGCAUGGAGUCCUGCCCAACCGCCUCUCCCUCCAGGCAAAGCAGAGAGCCCUUCGGCACAACCCGCACCUGAAGCCCCUUUCCUGGAUUGCGAGGUGAUGGAGACCGUAGAGCCCCCACAAGGGUGUGUACUCGUAAACUAAAUGUGAAAUAAAGCACUCUGAGGCUGGCUCUCAGACACAAGUGUGAUAAAAGCGCCCUCAGGGACGAACAAGAUCUUAUAGAUGCUACAGACGUGCACUUGAUCCUGUGGUAGACCCUUACAGACCUACAUUUUCAGUGUUUGUGAGAUGCGCUAGUGUCCUGAUUUUUUUUUUUUUCCCCUCUGGUAAGCACAUAUGAAAUGUAGUGCAGCUACCAUAGAGUUUAAAAAUCAGUAUUAAAGCAAUAUUCCUUUUCCUAAAUAA